GUCCCCAGAAGGCUGUGCGCCGGGAAAGGGUUUGCAGCUGCUCCGUCAUCGUGCGGCCCGACGCGAGCGCGCGCUCGUGUGCAGGCCGAGCUCAGUUCCGGGUCCUCGGGGCGAGGACGGACGCGAGGCCCCGGCCUCGGUGCCCGGACUAGGCCGCGACCCCGGGCGCCAUGAAGCAGGAGGGCUCGGCGCGGCGCCGUGGCGCGGACAAGGCCAAGCCGCCGCCGGGCGGAGGGGAGCAGGAACCGCCGCCGCCCCCGGCCCCGCAGGAUGUGGAAAUGAAGGAGGAGGCGGCGGCGGGCGCCGGGGCGGCCGGGGAGGCGGACGGCAAGCCGGCGGCCGAGCACUCGCAGCGGGAGCUGGACACCGUCACCUUGGAGGACAUCAAGGAGCACGUGAAACAGCUCGAGAAGGCAGUCUCCGGCAAGGAGCCGCGGUUCGUGCUGAGGGCCCUGCGGAUGCUGCCUUCCACGUCUCGCCGCCUCAACCACUACGUUCUGUAUAAGGCUGUGCAUGGCUUCUUCACCUCCAAUAAUGCCACCCGAGACUUCCUGCUAUCCUUUCUGGAGGAGCCCAUGGACACCGAAGCCGAUUUACAGUUCCGUCCCCGCACAGGCAAAGCUGCGUCGGCACCCCUCCUGCCUGAAGUGGAAGCCUACCUGCAGCUCCUCACCGUCAUCUUCCUCAUGAACAGCAAGCGAUACAAAGAGGCACAGAAAAUCUCCGACGACUUGAUGCAGAAGAUCAGUACUCAGAACCGCCGGGCCCUGGACCUCGUGGCCGCCAAGUGUUACUAUUACCAUGCCCGGGUCUAUGAGUUCUUAGACAAGCUGGAUGUGGUGCGCAGUUUCCUGCACGCCAGGCUCCGGACAGCCACCCUUCGGCAUGACGCAGACGGGCAGGCCACGCUGCUGAACCUCCUGCUGCGAAACUACUUACACUACAGCUUGUAUGACCAGGCUGAGAAGCUGGUGUCCAAGUCUGUGUUCCCCGAGCAGGCCAACAACAAUGAGUGGGCCAGGUACCUCUACUACACAGGACGAAUCAAAGCCAUCCAGUUGGAAUACUCAGAGGCCCGGAGAACGAUGACCAAUGCGCUUCGCAAGGCCCCUCAGCACACGGCUGUCGGCUUCAAGCAGACGGUGCACAAGCUGCUCAUCGUGGUGGAGCUGCUGCUUGGGGAAAUCCCUGACCGGUUGCAGUUCCGCCAGCCCUCCCUCAAGCGCUCGCUUACUCCCUACUUCCUGCUGACCCAAGCUGUCAGGACAGGAAACCUAGCCAAGUUCAACCAGGUCCUUGAUCAGUUUGGAGAGAAAUUUCAAGCAGAUGGGACCUACACCCUGAUUAUCCGGCUGCGGCACAAUGUGAUUAAGACAGGUGUGCGCAUGAUCAGCCUCUCCUACUCCCGCAUCUCCCUGGCCGACAUCGCCCAGAAGCUGCAGCUAGAUAGCCCAGAAGAUGCCGAGUUCAUUGUUGCCAAGGCCAUCCGGGAUGGUGUCAUUGAGGCCAGCAUCAACCACGAGAAGGGCUAUGUGCAGUCCAAGGAGAUGACUGACAUCUACUCCACACGGGAGCCCCAGCUGGCUUUCCACCAGCGCAUCUCCUUCUGCCUGGACAUCCACAACAUGUCUGUCAAGGCCAUGAGGUUCCCUCCAAAAUCCUACAACAAGGACUUGGAGUCAGCUGAGGAGCGACGUGAGCGGGAGCAGCAGGACUUGGAGUUUGCCAAGGAGAUGGCAGAAGAUGACGAUGAUAGCUUCCCUUGAGCGGGGGGGCUGGGGAGGGGUAGGUGAGCGGGGACCCCCCACCUGGGGAACUGCCACCUUGUCCCACACUCAGCUCACAGACUGCAUCCGUGCAGGGGGUGAGGUGAGGGGUACUGCGAGCUUGCCCCCCACCUCACCCCAGAGCCCUUCCCCAGCCGGUGAACUUGGCACACAGCGACAGGAGAGCUGCAGGCCUCCCCAGGGCAGGGUCCUGGCUAGUGGCAUGGGCGGAGGAGGGGAGGGCAGCCUGUGCUCUCCUAGGGAGUAGGGCACUGGAGUUGGGACAUGUGUUCAGUUCUGUUUUUUGAAGCUUCAAUUAUGGUUUUUAAACAAUAAAAACAUUCUCCAAAGUUC